GACAGGGCGAAGUGCCACGGCAUGGUCGUCGGCCCGGGCCGAGGCGCCAGCUCAUGCGACGCCCCUCUCCGCGAAUUCAUCAUGAGAGCCGUGCUGCGGGGGCAAAUUGGCGCAGGUAUUCUCCGCGCUUUCUUGGCCAUCCAGGUGCUUGUGUGCUCGGUGAUCAUGUUCGUCGCGCAGCUUGACCCGGCGCCGCGCGCGUUCGAGGCGAUCGGGCCACAUGCGCGCCGCGCGCUGUUCCGCGGCACCAAGCAUUGGUUUUCCCCGGGCGCGCUGAAGGACCUGAAGUCGCUGAGCUUCCCGACGGCCCUCCCCGACGUCCAGUCUGCCGCGCGGGCGGCCAUGGCCAGGGUCGCCAGAUUCGCGAAUUCCACGCGCGGCGGCAUCCGGAUUCAGGCCCGCGCGCGCCAGCUCCUCUGGGCGAGCCGCGACGCCAGGAACCAGCCCCGAGCCCGGUGCUUCCAGCAGCACGCCGACCAGAACUUCUUGUUCUCGCUCCGCGGCGCCACAAGUGAGCUUGCGGCUGCCGAGCGACAGCUGCGCGGUGAGCCGCCGCUCUUGGAUCCCGCGAGCCCUGCCGCCCAGGGGCGGGGCGGGUGGCGGGCCCAGGCCAAGCGGUUUUUUGUUGUUGCUUUCUGGCCCUCCGCGGCAACGCGCAGUAGGAAGCGCGCGGGCAAGUGGCAGCUCGACGUCCUGCCCGGCCACCAGCCCGCACGGUGGCUCAACGCUCUCGCUCUUUCCUAG